AUGGAGGAGUUAUGGGCGGAGGAAGCUUCCGACGAAACCAGCGGAGUAACGCGGAAGCCACGGAGAAAUCGUAACAUCAUUCGACGCGCGCGAAACGUGUCCUCCGACUUCCCCUCGCUCCGCAGCGCGCAGGGAGAUGAGAAGCCGGGGAACGUGGACAGCGGACGCGCCUCGAUCGGCGUGCCCAAGCCGCCGUGGGAGGGUGAAGCUCCGGUCUCCGCGGAAUCGCUGCAGGAGAGCGACGUCUCCGCCGCGAGGCCGUCGAUUAUCAGCCGACGCCCCGCCGCGACGGCGAUCCGCAAGUUGCGUAUUUUCUCCAACCGCGGCGGCCGGGAUGCUGCUGCCCUCGCCACCGCGUUCGCUGCGCCGGCGGGAUCUUCCGCAACUUGCGCGGCGACGUCCCCUCGAGCGGGAAACGGCGUGGCGGCCGAAGAAGUCGAGGGCAUUUCUGCGCAGCUGAGCCGCGGCACGCGCGACAGAUUGACGGCGAAAUCCGCCGGCGGCGGCGGGACGAUUCUAAAGUCUUCUCCACAGCGGCGGCGGGGACGGGCUGGAGGUGCGGUGAGGCGGCGGAUCCGCCGAAGCUUCAGCGAGGAGCUUGCGGCGACGGUUGUUCCGUUCGUGCGACGAGAGGACGACGAGCGGCAAGAGUCGCAACGGCCGUCGCGAGAGUCGUCGCAGCCGUCGCACAUCAUGCGAAGUCUUAGCAGCGGUGACGGUCGGCAAGAAGCGGCAGGGCAGGAAAACGCCGCCGCGCUCUGUGCGCCGCAGCGUUCGGACGACGCUAGCGAAACGACGAAACGCAGUGGCGAAACGGGUGGCGAAGAAUCUCGGUGGCGAAACGGAGGGCAGAGGGCCGCGUCGUAUCACGAGGAGCUGGCUUCGGAUUUGGUGGAUUAUUUUGGCGAAAUCGCGCAGUCCUGGAGCAUUGAGAGCUCCAACUGCGAGUGCGACUCGGUAGGACAUCCGCGUGAAGCGGAAGCCGGUGAAAUCGCGCAGUCCUGGGGCAUAGAGGGCUCCAGCCGCGAGUGCGACUCGGCUGUAGGAGCGGAAGCUGUUGGUGCUGUGGUGAAUCGCCGCUUGGGGAGGCGGAACAGGGAAUGGGGGGGGAUGGACGAGCAGAAGGAACGGAAGGGGUGGGACGAGCGGAGGGAAUGGAGGAGGGAGGGCUAG